AUGGCGGCGCAGUACGUGCUGUUUGCGGUGUUGCUGGUGCCGCUGAGUGUGCUGAUUGGGGGCGCGUACGGUGGUUCCUGCCGGGAGGCCACCCUCUGCUGCAAUGGGCGCGAUUCGUCGUGCGUGGUACAGAAGGCACCGCUGAACGCGAUCAUCGAGGACCUGAACGAUAAGCCGUGCUACUGUGAUCACGCCUGCCUGAAGCUGGGCGACUGCUGCGAGGACUUCAAAUCGCACUGCGGAGUGAUCGACUGCAUCGUCAGUGAAUGGGGCCAAUGGAGCGAAUGUGACACGGCCUGUGGCAACGGUAUGAUGUCGCGCACUCGCAUCAUUGAGCAGAAACCACAGAAUGGUGGCAAACACUGUCCGUCCCUGGUGCAGAAACGUGGCUGCCAGGGCCUGAAAUGUCACAACCAUCACGACCGGAAGGCGCUACGAGAGACUGCACUGCUGCUACCGGCCGCCCUGUCCAAGAGCCGCCACGAGAACGAUACCAGCGACAUUCGGCGAAAUCUACGAUUGCGCUACAAGAACGCAUUCAAGCACAACCGAGGAAAUGAGUACUGCGUGGAGUUCGAGGUAAUCAAAGCGACGAAGGCAUGUCACAAGGACAACACCUACCGUGGAUUGGCCGAGGGUGAGCGAGUGAUCGUACGCUGCGACCUGGAAGCGCUGCACGAAGACAAGACGGUCGAUACGCUGUCGAGCAACUCGGUGCAGGACGACGAGGAACCGGAAACGCCCAAGUAUCGCUGUCGGGGUGAUGGAUUGACGGGGCGCAACACACGCUUCACGACGCUCGCCAUGCCGGCCUGCCGGGGCAAGUGGAUGCGCCUUACCGUGGGCCAACCGAAAAAGUGUCCCUCCAGCGACGCUCAGUUCAUUUUCGUCUAA